AUGACAGAUCAACGGUUCCAUGACUUGAUAUCAAAGUUUCCCCUUCUCAAGAACUUGCAUGUGAAACGAUGUCGUAUCUUGAAGGCGAUCAAGAUCUCAAGUAACCGGCUAGAGAGAUUCAGCUUUGUUGAGUGCUUAUUCAUGCGUCCAUUGGUGAAGGUUGAAAUUGAUGCUCCAAAUUUGAUCUUCUUCGAAUAUAGUGGUGGAGUAGAACCAGGAGCCAUGUUAUUGCCGGUAUUCGAAGAUCGAUUGCCCUUGCCCUAUGAAGUUGAGCCCUUGCCAUAUAAAGUUGAGCAAUUGCAGCUAGAUUUACAGUCACCAUCAUCAUCAUCUACUUAUGCAGAUAUUUUGCACAAUUUGCUUCAGAUUUGCCGCCCUCUCACUAUAAUUGCAUUAAAAGAUCAUGAAUUAAUCAUAAAGUAUUUCUAUGAGACACUUUUGAGCAAAGAAGAUCUAAGUUGUUGCAACUCUAAGGAUGUCAAAUGUUGGAAACAUUACUUAAAAGAUGUAAAGAUUCGUAGCAGAAUUGAAGGGAUUGAAGCUGAGACACCUCUAUGCUUGAAAACUUUAUGUGGAGCUUAUGUGAAAGGGAACCAGAAAAUUUGUCUUAUAUUAAAAUGGUCACAUGGUUACAAUGUAUAA